AUGUUAUACUCCUUGGAAGCAUCUGGGAAGCCAGACAGCUUCAGUGGGGAGUUUCUAGUGCCAUCAUACCGUGGAUCUUCCUUCUUGGACCCAAAGGGAAGAGGUGCUUCAACUGGUUAUGACAAUGUUGACGCAUUGCCUUCUGGUGGCAGAGGAGAUGAGGAAGAACUUGCUAAGGAGAACAACAAGAGUGCUUCUUCAUCCAAAGGGAAGAUCACAUUGAGCGUGACACAGAGCAAGCCUGAUACCAGUGAUGUGAUUGGUGUGUUCGAGAGCAUUCAACCGUCCGACACUGAUUUGGGAGCGAAAGCUCCAAAGGAUGUGAAGAUCCAGGGAGUUUGGUAUGCUCAGCUUGAUUCAUAGACAACUUUAUCUCUCUUCUGCUUUAUUUUGUAUUUUGUUGUAACUUCACAGUGUUGCUGCAAUUACCUUUGACACAACUGUCCAAGCAUAAGAGUGUUAUCCUUAUUUGAAUGUAUACUAUCGACUUUCAAUUAUAAUGCAUGAAAAU